UCAAAAUCGCUGUGACAAGACGCUCCCAGCUUUGUAAAUCACAAUUCAAAAACACCCCAAACACACUCUCUCUCUCUCCCCGAUUCACUUGUUGGUGGCAGUAAUCGCAAGCUAACAGUGAACAACUUUGUGAAAUUUCCGGCGGCUGAGAUUGGCGGGCGGAGGAGGAUACGAUGGCUUCGGCGCCGGUGAACAAGAUUGAGCGGGCCCACCAGAUGUACCGAGAAGGUAGCUACUCGGAGGCGCUAGGGUUUUACACCGAAGCCCUAUCCAUGGCCAAGACCAAACCCCAGAAGAUCGCCCUCCACAGCAACCGAGCUGCUUGCUUCUUGAAGCUCCACGAUUUCAAAAAGGCAGCAGAUGAAUGUACCUCAGUGCUUGAGCUUGAUUACAAUCACACUGGAGCAUUGAUGUUGCGGGCGCAGACCUUGGUGACCCUCAAGGAAUAUCACUCGGCACUCUUUGAUGUUCAUCGGCUCAUCGAGUUAAAUCCAUCAUCAGAAAUUUAUCAAAACCUUCAAGCCCGAUUGAAGACACAAGUGUCACUUGCUCCAAUACCUGAAUCCGAAGCAGAGCUAGAAGAAGAGGAAGAAGAUGAGGAGGAUGAAGCAGAGCCAAAUAGAUAUGCGGAGAAAGUGGAGCAAUACGAAGAAAAAGAAGAUGCUGUAUUUUCAAGUGCAGGAAAGGAACAGAUUCCUGAGGUUAAUGAGACAACUGCUGUUGCCGAUGUUAUUCCCCCCAAGACACCGGUAAACAGGGAAGUUUCUCCACAAGGAAGGGAUCCAAAAGUUAACUACAUAAAGACCAUUUCCCCAGCUGAAGUUGUUGCCGCUCGUGCAGUCAAGGUAUCGUCUGAAAAAGAAAAAGAAAAAGAAAAAGAAAACGGAUGGCAAGCAAUUCCAAAACCAAAGGGACACUCUUCUUUGGACUAUGCACGGUGGGACAGAGUCGAAGAUGACUCUAGUGAAGAGGAUGAUGAGGACGAUGAUGAUGAAGACUCUCAACCUCAGUUUAGAUUCCGUGUGAGAACUGUUGGUGUCCGACCAGUGAAGUGAAGGGCGCUGAGGAGCAAAUAUACACAGUACUCAAGUUCGAUAGCAUCUUCUUUUUUUGGGACAACCAACCACAAAGUCAAAAAAUCAUAGUGAAGUAAGCAGCAUGCAAAAGUUGUGGUAGUUACAAGUGCAGAAACUUUGAAAGCUAUGAGAAUCUGGCUUUUACGUGCAGACGAGCUCUGGCAAUGCAUCAUUAAAAGAAACAGGAUUCUGCAUAUUAGUUCUCUGGCUCAAGAUGGAUGUAUUACCUCUGUAGUUCCUACUAUGCUGCAAUUUACAAACAAUUCAUGCUGUGGCACAAAAAUAAUCGGAAGCUCGGUCUGCAACAGUUGAAUUCCAACUUGUCCAGGCUGACUAGUCCUUACAGGGUCAGGUAAAAUUGUUGGUUGUGAUGUAAUUACAUGCCUUUGUAAAUUUUUACCGCAAUGCUUGUAAGAAAAUAAUGUAAAGUAUAGGUUUCCAGGGUUGCUUCCAUCCUCAAUCAACUUGGAAACCCGAAGGAUGAUAUCAACUUUCAAUAUUCGAUAUAUUCUUUCACCUUAAUCUGGUUUCUUA